AUGACUAUGCUAAGAGGAUUCUUGUAUGCUGACCUCAUUGAGGCAGAAAACCUUCCCGAUUGUGAUACAGCAUUUUUCAACAUUGAUCCAAAAGAUACAUCUGAUCCUUUUGCACAAAUCAAAAUAGGUACAAGUAUUAUCUGCAAGACUGAUUUUGUUAAUAAUGAUAUGUCCCCAAAAUGGCAGGAGUCUUACAGGAUACCAGUUUGCCAUGUUGCUGAUAAAUUACAGGUACAAGUCCUGGAUAAAGAUCAUGUAUCUGCAGGCUUGUUGGGCGAGGUUACUAUACGAGUGGAAGAUCUCUUGGAUGGUGAAACUUUGGAAGGGUGGUACCCUCUUACUGGAUGUGAGGGCCGAAUUAAUUUGAAAUUGAAUUACGUUCCUAAAGAAGCUAUUGAAGCAACUUUUGAAGUGCCUGACUGUUACUUUGAACUGCGAGAAGGUUGUAAAGUCACUCCUUAUCAGGAUGCUCACUGUCCCCCACUACCAAUUUUUGAAAGUAUACCAACUGCCAGUGGUGAAACAUAUGAUGCCCCUAGUGCAUGGACUGAUUUAUAUAAGGCAUUAAAUAAUGCCCAGAGGUUUAUUUAUGUUACUGGGUGGAGUGUUUAUACAGAGACAAUAUUGGUAAGAGGUGGUGAUGAUUGUGACCACGAAGGCAAAGGGGAAACUGUAGGAGAACUAUUAAAAAGGAAGGCAAGCGAAGGGGUUCGUGUUCUUAUCAUGGUGUGGAAUGAAAAGAUGAGCACUGGUGUGACCCAAGGUUUUAUGGGAACCCAUGAUGAGGAGACAAGAAGUUAUUUUGAGGGCAGUGAUGUUGAGGUAGCUGUUGUUCCAAGAAUGAGAGUAUUAGGAGGUUUGACAUCAUUCUUUCAAAAUCAGUUUGCACAGACUUGUUACACACAUCAUCAAAAAACAGUAAUUUUAGAUGUUCCCACUCUUGAAGGAGAAGAAUUACCCAGGCUUCAGGCUUUUGUAGGUGGUCUUGACAUCACAGAUGGAAGGUAUGAUACCCCAGAGCAUGAACUAUUUAGAACUUUACAGAAUUUGCACCAAGGGGACUUCUAUAAUGGAGUUACUACUACAACAAGUGAAGAAGGCCCUCGUCAGCCUUGGCAUGAUAUUCAUUGUCGAUUAGAUGGGCCAAUAGUCCUGGAUGUUCUUGCCAAUUUCACUGAGCGUUGGAGACAGCAGGUGCUAGAUAGACAAUCCCGUUUACUGUCGAUUUCAAAUGAAGAGUUUCUUCUUGAUGCCCCUGCAGUUUGUGAUGAAGGGUCCUUGUGGAAUGCCCAGUUGUUCAGGUCAAUCACUUCAGAUUCAGCUCUCUUUGAUUUUGAUAAGAUUUCUACCAUCCCCAAAAGGAAGGGAAAAUAUGUAGAUGACAGCAUACAUCGGGCCUACAUUCACAACAUUAGACGUGCUGACAGUUUCCUUUAUAUUGAAAAUCAGUAUUUCCUUGGGUCUGCAUAUAGCUGGAUUGAUGAACAGGGUACCAAAGCACAUCAUCUAAUACCACAAGAAAUUGCUCAGCGCAUUGUUGAGAAGAUCAAUGCUGGGCAGCACUUUACUGCAUAUAUUGUAGUUCCUAUGUUUCCUGAAGGGGACCCAGUCAGUGGUCCUGUCCAAGAAAUCCUACACUGGCAGCAUCGUACAAUGGAAAUGAUGUACCGUGAAAUAGCCCAGGCUAUUGAAGCAAAUGAACUGGACACUCAUCCAAGAGAUUAUCUGUCCUUUUUCUGUUUAGGAAAAGGAGAAUGCCCUGAUGAGAUCCCUGAAGAUCUACCAGCCCCUGAACCUGGCACCCCAGCUAGUGUUCUAAGAGAGCAGGCACGGCUUAUGAUUUAUGUUCAUUCAAAAAUGAUGAUUGUGGAUGAUGACUAUAUCCUCAUAGGCUCAGCAAACAUUAAUCAGCGUAGUAUGGGUGGUACGAGGGAUUCAGAAGUUGCUGUUGGAUGUUUUCAGCCCCUUCACAUGCGAGAAGUUUGUGGAGAGCCACGUGGAGCAGUUCAUGAAUUUCGGAUGUCUCUUUGGGCUGAACAUUUGAAUGGUGUGGAGGAGGUGCAUCACAACCCUGGCACCAUAGAAUGCAUGAGAGCUGUUAAUGUAGCAGCUGAUGAUAAUUGGAGCUAUGCUGGACCAGAACCGUGUAAGGUUGAUGGUCACUUGAUGCGCUAUCCUGUUGAAGUAUGUCAAGAUGGUUCGGUCAUAGCCUUAACGGGGUGUGAAAAUUUCCCAGAUACAGAAGCUCCAGUUUUGGGAGCACCUAAUUAUUUGCCCAACAAGCUAACUACGUAACUCCAGUAGUUUUAUUAUAUUUGCACAGAGUUUUUAGAUUUUUGUUCAGUUAAUGUUCUUUAUGUUGGUGACUUGUUAUUAGUUAUUUUGUAGGACAGAUACAAAGUAGUUUUAAAGGUGGAUUUUAAAUUACUAACAGUAUUGGAAAAGACACUGCAUUUGUUACCAUAUCAUAAUCUUUUGCUGUUACAACGUGUUACAACAGAUGAUGGUAAAGGAUACUUUAUUUUGAUUUCAAGGAUUUGGUCGAUCACAUCAAUAAUUAUAUUAGAAUGAAUGUAAAGUAGGAAAUGUCUUGUGGCAUGUUCCAAUAUUAAUCUUGGUGUUCUUUACUGAUAAAAAUCCAAAGUUUUACUUCAUAAAACUUUAUUAGAAGUACUACACUAAUGUAGAUUACUGUACGUGAUUAUGAAAAGUAUUUUUGCAGACUCUCGAGAGAAAAUCUCAACUCCAACAGGCCUUGAUGAUUAUUUUACACAUAUCUUCAGGAUGUAAAAGCUCUAAACAAUUAUGUUUCCUUGUAUAGGAUAGGUUUCCAUGAAUAUGAAAUGCAAAAAAUAGCUAAUAGUACAAGCUGAUUUUCUCCUUUGAAAGAUGGGCAGUUAAUAUCCUACAAAUCACUUGAGAGGAAUCCUGUUUUUUAAGCAAUUGAAACCAAAGAUUCUUUUGCAAUAUGUUAUUAACCAGCUUUAGCUCUGUAUGACUCCUUGGUAGAAUCUUUAUCUCAGGGCACUCAAGCUGAAGAAGGAAACUACAUUAUUAGUUUCUCAUGUCUCCCUUUGGACCAAUAUGUGUUCAAAUUUUAAUACUAUGUCAAUUCCUAUCUCCCAAAAGUGCAUUUUGUAUUUUCAGAUAAUAAUGUUGUGCACAGUAUGUACAUGUUCUGUUACUUUUCGAUUUUGUAGCUUUUGGAUUCAGUUGACAAGUUGUUGAAACUAGACUAAUACGAUACAUUUUUUAGCUUAAUUGCUGCUAGUUUUUCUGAAAUUUUCAGUCUGUGGUAUAACUGAUGUUUACAGUGGGCCCCCCAUAUUUGCGUUCUCCGGAUUUCUCUCUGGAACAUAACCCACCCAUUAUUCGUGGGAUAUUCGCUGUGUUUUUCUAUGAGAAAUAUCCACAAAUACUUGUUUAUUUUUUUCAUCAAUGUCAUAAAAUGCACUUUUUGUGAUAAAAUAAUUUUUAAAAACCAGGUAUAAACAUUUUUAGUGGGUUUUUCUUGAGUUUUAACUAACAAAACAGGCCAUUUUAAGCAUUUUUCUAGGUGUUCCAACUAUUUGUGGGUUCUAGCUAUUCACGGGGGGGGUGGGGGUGGGGGUUUCUGGUACGCAUCCCCCAUGAAUACGGGGAACUACUGUAGUGAUAUCGUAUACUUUAGCUUUGAUAAAUGUUGAUCAGAUAUAGGGCUUAAUGCAAGUGCUGCUGUUUCUUGUCAAGUAGUUACUUAAAGGAUUUGCAGUGGUACCAUGUUUACAGUUUUAUGCUUCAUACUACGUAUUGCAUUAGACCUUUUUAAGGAAUAGCAUUGUCUGUGUUCAUUGAGUUGAAAAUUCAUUCACAGCGCACAAGUGUUAUGGGAUGUUUGGAGGACCAGGAAACUAACAAUGCUAUUGGCUUUUUAUGUUCCAAGUGAUUGAUUACCAAUAGAUGGUUGUUAGUCGGUGGUCCAAGUUUUGAGUAUUCAUGAAAUAGCAUUUGCUAUGUGAUAGGUUUGAUUUGCACUCUAAAGUUCAUGUUUAGAUUUGUGCAUUAGAGUUCAUAUACUUGGAAGACAGCAUUGAAAGCUUAAUUGCUUAUCAGUUCAAUAGCAGCUACAGUAGCUGUUAUCUAUUUGAUAUUUUUGGUUCUCUGUUCUGUAGCCAAGUAUCUGGUAUAUUAUUAAAGGGAUGUAAACAUUUGUUACUGUAUACAGCUCAGGUGCUUUGUUUGUGUAUGCUCUAGUUCUAUUAAUGCCAAUACAGAUUAAGAACUUAUUGAAGUUAUCAGAAUUUUUAAGAACUUAUUGAAGUUAUCAGAAUU